AGGGCAGAAACAGAUCUUUAAGGGGAAGUGUUGUCUCUGCUGAUCAGAGGCGUUUGUUUUCACUGGACAUCAGAAACUUCUCUUUUCUCUGUUCUUUAAAACCCAUCUGGACAUCUUGGUGCAGCAUUUGUGGCACCGGGGGCUGAAAAGGGUUACAUAACCUCUUGAGUUGAUCAGAGACAAUCGGAGCAAAUCGAAAGUUGGAGCGACAAAGGGAGAGCUAUGGAGAUGCAGACCAUCCCGUCACAAGGAACGGAAACUGGAGGUGAAGCUUUGCUGGAGGUGAAACCUCAAGAGGAAGCAGAAUCGGCUUACGAUACCCUGCAAAGUCCAAGUGAGGACUUCUAUUCAGACGCUCUCAUCAGCGUUCCUGCUAAAGCAGCAAAAGGGCGGCAGGUUGGAGGAAGUGAGCGCCUGUACCGCUACGGGUGUUUUGCUCUGACAGGAGUCUGCUUCAUUCUCCUGCUGACUGUCAUCCUCCUCAGUCUGAAACUUGGAUCCCAAGCCUGCCCCUUUGAGCACUGCCCCAAGCAGAUCUCACAAAACCAACAUCAUUGCUAUCAGCAGUGUGCUAAAGGCUGGCUCCCCUACGGCAAAUCAUGUUAUUUCCUGUCUACUCUCAGGCUGUCGUGGGCCGACAGUCAGAAGAACUGUUCCUCUGGUGGUGGUUCUCUGGCCGUCAUCAGCAGUCGAGGCGUUCAGCAUUUUCUGACACGGACGGGAAACCUGACAUACUGGAUUGGACUGAGAAAGAACACGACUGAGUGGAACUGGGUCAACAACACGCAGCUGCAACAGAAUUACUGGUCAGGCUCUACUAUACGGUCAAACUGUGCAUACCUCAGCAGCGAAGCUCCAGAGGAGAAGAACUGGGAAACUGCUUCCUGUCAUGCUCUCAACUACUUUAUCUGUCAGCUGGAGCUCUGAAGGCCCAUUUCUAACCAAUGCAUCAUUAACUCUUCAGUGGUUCAGCAUAUAUUUAGAUUUUCCUCACCACAACCCAGUGUGCAGAAAUAAAAACAGGGCCGUGUCUCAGAUAAUAUGGGCAUAUUUCACAUUUAAGAAGAUAAUUUAAUUUAUAAUAUAGAGUAGUAUUCUCUAACAGCCUUAUAUAGGACACUUUUGUCUGAUUGGCUUAAUGAAUUGACCUGUAUUGGAAUGUUUAUUAUGUGAAGUGCCUUGAGACGACUCUUGUCGUGCGCUAUAUAAAUAAACUUGAAUUGAAUUGAAAUUGUGUAACUAUCAUGGCAGAUCUAUCUUUUUAAUGCUGUAUGCUUAAUUUUCCUGCUGAAAUACAAAUAAAAAGUCACAAAAUGGC